AUGGCAAAACAAUCUGUUGUUCGUCAACACUAUGCGCCAAUGUGUGCGCCGCUCAAAAAGACCGUGAGUUUAUUUUCUUGACGAUUUUGAGAGUGUAUCAAUUAAAAAUUUUCAGAAGCCGCACAGACUUCCCAAAUAUUUGGAGAGACAAGUCAACGCAGGGUUGGAUGUCAAAUUCAAUGGACCGCUGCAAUUUUCUCGGCCAAAGGAUAAUCGUGCCAAAAUACCGCCACUUCAUCCAUCCGUGUCGACUUCACCCGUCCGUGUCAACACUAUCGAUAACAACAACAAAAUCAAUGGAGAAACGUGUGCUGAAAAAACGAUGCGCAAAAUUGAUGGUGACAAUGUUAAAGGAUCUAAAAAUCCAAUCGAUGAUGCCCAUUUGGAAGGAUCGCAACAGAAUCCAAUUACAAUUGACUAA